AUGGUUCGCAAAGACCCUAUCUUCGAAGCCCGCACAAAUGUCAAAUUACACUCCAACAGACUCAAGAAAGAAGCCGUCCGAGCGGAGGCGACUUUCAAAUCCGAAAAGGCCAAAGCAGAUAAAGCGAUGAAAAACCACGAGUUUCAGAUCGCCCGCAUUCACGCCGCCUCCGCUGUGCGGGAGAAGCGACGCCAAGUAACGCUCAAAUCCGAAGCGGCACGCGCCGACGUCAUAAUCAACGAACUCAAGGCUGCCCAGAGCACCCGCGACACGUCCCGGACGCUCGCUAUGGCAUCGCGUGGUCUAGACGCUGCCUCACGGAGCGUCAACCUCGAACACCUCGUCUCUCACGCUAACAACUUCCUCGCCCGGUCGGAGGACUUCAAGAUUGCUAGCAGUGCGAUCGAGGAUGUCGCACAGGGUAUAUCGAUGCAAGAAUAUGGUGCGGAGGGCGAGGCUGAUGUUGAUCGGCUUAUGGAACAACUGGCGGAUGAUGCGGGUGUUGAUAUGCGCAUGAACCUCGAAGCCGAUGCUGCGCCCAAAGAGGAUGUCAAGGAACCCAAGCAUGUAGAUGCCGAGGUUGAGGAUGGCUUGGGUGCAAGGCUACGAGCUUUACGGGCUGCUAAUUGA